ACUCGAAGCGUGGGGUAGUCGGUAGCAUUUGAAAGUGCGCCGUACUGGAAACUCGAACGAUGUCGUUGGCUGCCUGUUGGAGGCUGACUCUGACAUGCCCGCCACCGACCUCCUCACGGACUUCACCCUGCUUCUCUCCCAGAAGCCGAAGUGGGUUCCGUUGCAGAGCUUCUUCUGGGCAAGCCCACGCUGCAAUUGGGGGCCCUAACGACAAGGAAAAGAAGAAGGUUGUCGUUGUUGGCUCUGGCUGGGCUGGCCUCGGCGCUGCUCACCACCUCUGCAACCAGGGUUUUGAUGUUACUGUUAUCGAACGAGGUAGUGACUUCGGCGUACUUGAUGAAGUUGGUAUCCGCGGUUAUUGGUAUCCUUACCGGAAUAUUUUUAGCCUUGUUGAUGAGCUGGGUAUCAAACCCUUUACGAACUGGACAAAGUUUGCACAAUAUUCAGCAGAAGGGUUGGAGGUUGAGUUUCCGGUAUUUCAGGACCUUCCUCAAUUGCCAGCACCAUUUGGAACCUUAUACUAUACACAGUUUGCUCAGCUGCCAUUGGUUGAUAGAUUAACUUCACUUCCCUUAACAGCUGCAGUGAUCGAUUUUGACAACACAGAUACAGCCUGGAGAAAAUAUGAUGCAAUUACUGCAAGGGAGCUUUUUAAGCAGUUUGGAUGUUCGGAAAGCCUUUAUCGGAAUGUCUUAUCACCAUUGCUUCAAGUGGGUCUUUCUGCACCGGCUGAACAAUGUAGUGCUGCCGCAACUCUUGGUUUACUAUCCUACAUCUUUGCUCACCAGAAAGAUUUUGAUCUUGUUUGGUGUCGUGGAACAAGUAGAGAAAAGAUUUUCAAGCCAUGGAUGGGGUCUUUGACGAAUAAAGGUUGCAAAUUCGAGAAGGGUACGCAAUUAACAGACUUUGUGCUUAAUGAGGAAACUGGUUCUAUUUCAGAAGUAGUUUGCGAUGGAGAAGUUUAUAAUGCUGAUGCAAUUGUCUUAGCUGUUGGAAUAUCCACACUCCAAAAAAUUAUUGAAAACAGUGCAGUGUUGUGUACAAGGGAGGAGUUUCUCAAAGUCUUGAACUUGGCUAGCAUUGAUGUACUCUCCGUUAAGCUUUGGCUUGAUAGGAAGGUUAACAUUCCAAAUGCAUGUAAUGCAUGCUCCGGAUUUGACAAUUCAUUUGGUUGGACUUUCUUUGAUUUGAAUGCAAUCCAUGACGAUCAUAAAGAUAGUUCAGUAACAGUGUUACAAGCUGAUUUUUAUCAUGCCAACGAGUUGUUGCCACUGAAAGAUGAGCAAAUAGUCUCUCGAGCAGUAUCCUACCUGUCAAAGUACAUUAAAGACUUCGAGAAUGUUACUGUGACAAACAAGAAGAUUGGCAGAUUUCCGAAAUCAUUAACUCACUUCUUUCCCGGUUCAUAUAAGGACAUGAUGCGUGGGGCUACAUCUUUCCCGAACUUGUUCAUGGCCGGAGACUGGAUUAUAACCCGACAUGGUUCAUGGUCACAGGAGAAAUCUUACGUGACGGGACUUGAAGCUGCGAAUCGCGCAGUAGACUACCUCGAAGAAGGAAGUUUUGCGAAAAUAAUACCCGUAGAGGAAGAUGAACCGCACAUUCAAGCGCUUCGCAGCCUAAACAGAAGCUUUAAGGAGAUCACAGCACAGCUUCCGUUGUCCAGUUACUUCCUCCAGUGAGCUUGUCUGAUUUGAUUGUUUGCUGCAGUUUAAUCCCCCAUGUAUUAUUCUUGAAUCCUACCAUUAAAUGAAUAAAUCUUAUAAUUCUGGACCUUUUAUCACCAAA